GGGGGGGGGGGAUCUGCCAACGUCCCGCUACGAGACCCCUCGCGCCAAUUCCAUCCCUCACAAUUGGCCGAGAGAGAGAGAGACUUAGCAAGAAAGAGAGGGAGAGAGAGACAUCCAGUGAGAGAGAGACCUAGCACAGACAGAGAGAGAGAGAGAGAGAGAGAGAGAGAGAGAGGGGAUGGCUGGUAGGAUUUAGACCCGGCAGCGUCUUUUCCCGUCCAACACAUCAAGCUUAUUACCUUUCUCUCCACGCGCUUGGAAACGGAUUUACGCGCACGAAAGGAGGAGUUUGGAGGACUAGUAGGAUGCUGAGUAUCUUUCCUCCUCAUCACUGUUCUCCACCCUGCUCUCCAUGACCUGAGAGCGCCACCACAGCGGGAGGAACAAAAAAAAACAGAAAGAGAGAGGAAGAGGAGGGCAGAAGGCCAGGGAAGGAAGGAAAGAACACACUUUUUAUUUUGUUGUUGUUUGUUUUCCCUUUCCAAAAUGGCGGCGACGGAGGCCAGCGCGGCGCCGGUGGUCCAGGAAGACGGGAAAACCCCGGAGAGCAAGCCGGCGGAGGCCGAGCAACAGGCUAAAGACGCCAACGCAAAAUCAGAGACUGUCAACAGUGAAGUUGUCGAUAAAGAUGGCACCGCUGUCAACAGCGAGGUUGUUGAUAACAAAGAGACAGUGACUAACGACACAGCGGCGGUGACAGGAGCCGAGGAGGGAGAAGCAGCAGCGACUGGGGAGGCAGCUCCUCCUCAGAGUUCGGAAAACGCCUCCUCUACUGAGCCCAAGACCUCGUUCUUGGACUCCUUCCUCAACAAGAGCGGCCUGGGGAAGGUGAUGGGGGGAAGGAAGAAGAAAGAGCAGAGCACAGCCACUGGAGGAGGAGAAGAGAAUGCCACUGAAGGAGGGGAGAAAGAGGGAGAGAAAGGAGGUGAGGAGGGUGCAGCAGCUGAGGGCGGAGCAGAGGGAGGUACAGCGAUAGAGAAAGCUCCAGAAAAUGGAGAGAAGGAGGAGGAGAAGAAAGCAGAGAAGGGCAAACCGGCCGAGGCUAAAUCCACAGUUCGAGAUUUAAUUAGGAAGCCGGUGGCGAGGAUCUUCUCCCAUCGCAGCACCGAGAAGAAGGACGGCGCCGCAGCAGAACCCCAGAAACAAGUAAUGGUCCGAUCCAAGUCCUUGGACCGGAUGGAAGAUCCUGAAGCACUUAACACCACUGCAGACUCCACCAUAGAGGAGGGUGCAGCAGCAGGAGGAGCAGAGGGAGGCGCAGAGGGAGGUGCAGAGGGAGGCGCAGAAGAAGAACAGAAAGCAUCGUCCUCCUCGGCAGCCACCAAGCACAUGAAGCGCUGGCACUCCUUCAAGAAGCUCAUGGCUCAGAAGGCUCACAAGAAGAGCGGAGGAGGAGGAGGAGAAGAACUUAAGGAGGAUGGAGCUGAAGGAGGAGAAGGAGGCGGAGACUCCUCCACUCUGGACUCCAAGGAGUCGGGGCAGAAAAGGUGGAAGCUGAAACGCUCCUGGACCUUCCAGGGCCUGAAGAGGGACACAUCUAUGGUUGGCAUCAGCGGUAAGGCCAAGGGUUCUGACAAAGACUCUGCUGACAACACAAAGCCAGAGGAGGCGGCAGCGGCGGGAGGAGAUGAGGGAGGAGAGGAGGCUAAGGCAGAGGGAGGAGCAGAGGAGGUUGAGAUGGAGGGAGGGCAGGAAAAGGCUGAGGGAGGGGAGGAGGAGAAGGCAGCAACGGCGGGAGGUGUGACUGUGACGCAACAUGCCAACGAGAUCUGGACCUCCUUCAAGAAGCGCGUCAUCCCCAAGUCCAAACGUGCCAACACAGAGUGCGCCCCCAGUGGGGAGGAGGAUGCAACUACAGCUGCAGCCACAGGUGAGGAUGGAGCAGCAGAGGAAGGCAAAGACGGCAAGUCAGCCAAGGUCAAGCGCACACAUUUUGGCCGCGCAGUUUCUCUGAAGAACUUCAUCCUGCGAAAGGGCAAGUCCACUAGUGUGGACAUGGGUGAGGGUGCCAAGGAGGAGGAGGAGGAGGCCGUGGAGGGAGGAGAGGGAGAAGAGGCAGUGGAGGAAGGAGCUGCUGAUGGUGAAGUUGACACAGCGGCCAAGGAGACCAAUGACAAAGAUGCAGGGGAGGAGGAGAAGACGCCGGCGGUGGAGACCGGAGGGGAGGCGGCAAAGGAGGUGGAGAAGAUGCCAGUUGAAGCUCCCGUGACCAAUGGGGAGAACGGCUGCUCCAACGGCACAGGGGAAGAGAACGCCGAACACAACCACCAGGAGGAGGAGAAGAUGACGGGGGGCAGCCCUGUGAAGAAGAGCAAAGAGGCAGGAGGAGCGAAAGAAGAGAGCAACGCCAACAUCAUCAAUGCCACAGCCGUGAACAGCGGUGAGUUAGAGCACGCCGACCGGGACUCUGAUGAGACACAAAACAGCACCAGCAGCAAAGAAGGAGAUACUAACAACAGACAACAACAACAAGCGCCAGCACUAAUAAACGGUAGCAGUAAACAAACUAAAACCAGCUGUCAAGAACCUGAGCUAGCACUAGCCGUUAGCAGGGAGGAGGAGGGGGAAGGAAGGGAGGCGGAGUCUCCACAAAACAGAGGUUGUCACGAUGGUGCAGAGUCAUGUGACCAGGGAGUUUGGGAGGAGGAGGAGGAGAUGAGGAAGAGGGAUCUUCGAGAGGCAGCAGUGGCCAUUGUUCAGAACGUGGUGUCAGCCGCAGCUGACCAAUUAGAGAGGGAGCUGUGUGUCGACAACGGUCUAAAUGGGUGUUACACCGACAUUUGAUACUAAAAACAUGCACACAUAACACAAACACACAUUUAUGCACAGGUUAACCCAUGUAUGUGAAAAUACACUGUUCACGUUAACACUUAAAUUGUGCCAAAUGUAAAAUCACACAUAUUAGUACAGGCUAUACAUAUUUCAACAUUUUGGGAAACACACUUAUAUGUUUUUUUUCCCCCAAGAGUUAGGAUGUCUGUGGUUAAAUAGAAGCGCUGGAGUCAGGAUGUGGUAAACCUACCUUAGCACAGAGACUGGAAGCAGGGGGAAUCAGCUACCUUUGGCCCUGUCCAAAGUAAAAGAAAAAUACACCAACAUCUCUUCAGCUCACUAAAGCCCCUUAACAAAUGCUAAAACCUUCCCCAGUGACUAGGAACGUUUUGAGGAACUCAUUGCGUUUUAACCGCAGGUCUAGGGCCUGUAUUAUAUUGUAUUGUAUAUUGUAUAUUAUAUUGUGGGGACACCCUCAAAAAGGCCCUGGUUGGGGGGUAGUACCUUCUGAAAGUACAGGAAUGUUUGAAGUGGGGUUUGCAGGGAUGACUGUCGCUGAUCCGUCAAACACACACAGCGUCUCUGCUUCAACUCGUUUACUGCGUCAUUCAUAGAAACAAGUAAGUGCUCUAGAAUGGAUUAAGGACCAUUCUAGGAGGGGCGAGCAUUUCUCUUUGUUUGAUAACAUUGAAAGUAAAGUCAGGUUUUUCCAGAAUCAUAAAAAAAAAAAACAGAGAAAAAGAGAAAUAGAUGCUGUAAAUGAGAGGGAAGUUUUUUUCUGAUAUUUUCAUGGUGGUUAUGCUCUAAAGCACAAAUAAAUACCUAUCAAACACUCACACAAUGAUUCUAUGUGCAGACAGACAUUACAUUCAACAUGCAUCAGUAAAUACUAUGGAGCAGGCACACUGAGCUUCAGGCUGCAGUGUGUUUACCUCUGGGGCGAGACGUUGUUUGUCUAAUAUUCGCAGGUCUUAAGUCCACUAUGGAAACUCAAACAACAAUGGGCUGAGGCAACCUCUUAGUUCCUUGAAAAGUAGUAACAGGACUAAAAUGAACAGGAACUUCUUGGUGGAAACGUGGCUUAGUGAGCUUUACAGAUGUUGGUAGGUGUAUUUAUUUUAACUUUGGAGCCGGGCUAGCUGAUUUCCCCUGCGUCUAGUCUUUGUGCUAAGCUAGGCUAACCACAUCCUGACUCCAGCUCCAUACUCAACAGACACAGGAUUAAAUUGAAGAAGCGUAUUUCCCAACAUGAUGAACUAUAUAUAUAUAGUUUGUCCACACAUAAGUAAAGCCACUGUAUGUGCAGAACCACAUAGGCAUGUUAACUUUACCUGGGUGAUUGCAUGACACAAUAAUGCAGCAGUUCUUCCUGAGUUUUAAUGAAAUUGUAGUUGUUAAAUAUCCAGCGUGUGUUCGAUAGACUAGAGAACGAGAGUUGGAAAGAGAGAGAAGCAUCCCUUUUACUUUAGUGACUGCUAAUUUCAUUGUCACGUCAAGUUCAAAAACAGCCAAACAAUCUAAACGAUUUAACUUAUUACAAGGACUCAGAUGGUGAGUGCAGAUUCCCAGGGCAGCUAUGGUUAGAGGCUGGCUGUUCAUGAAUUUCUGUACAAAUAUAUUUUACUGCUACAUGGCACACUCUGUCACAGUGCAAGCUAACUACAGCCCCCACCAAACAGUCAUGUUAGAGCAGUAACGUGUUUGAUUCUCCGCUUUUACUUGGUGCAGUCAUGACCUGAAGAAAUGAAUUGGAUUUGGCAUUGAUGUGAGGAAAUACAAGGACAGAGAUGCAAUUUUACAUCUUCUGAUAUUUUGAGCCAUUUAGUUUCUAAGCAGUUUUCCAGCAAAGCUUCACUUCUCUUUGUACCGUUUUACUCGUUCCCACCUGGGACCCGAAGCUCGAAAGCUGCUGGACACUGGGUAUGAGGAGGUGAAGUACCUGUGAGCCAGAAGGUGCUCUGUUCCCUCCUCCAUUAUUUAUCAGUCCCAGCCUCCCUCUCCAUUCAAGUGCAGUGUGAGGCUCUAUGUCCAGCAACCCACCCCGCUUUGAUCUCAUGCAGCCCAGCAGAUGUUUGUGGAGAGCACCGCAUCUCCUGCUGCUGCGGUGCGAUUUACUAGAAGCCCUUUUGUAGCUCAAACUCUUUGGCUAAAAUGUAACUCCAUUUAACGCCGAGCUUUGGCUCUGAACUAUAAUUGAUCUGUGAUUUUGGGUGAUUUGUGAUAUUGGGCUGUAUAAAUUCAGUUGAAUAGCCUACUCUCGCCAAAUGGCGUAUGUAUGACGUUGCAAUGGUAAGUCAUUUUGCUUGCAAUAAGAACAUCUUUCUUGCUUUUAGCGUGUCAUUUGUACACCAUGUAGUCUGCACUGACUGCAAUAUCAAUACAUCCGUGUAACUACACUCUCAAGAGGCUGCUUAUGGUGGAUGGCUCAAACAAACAGGACUUUCAACCAGGACACUGAUAUGAGAUCAGUUUCAAGUUACAUUAGUGACAUGUUUUCCUUACUAAUAUUGUUUUGUUGCCUAAAUAUAACCACAACCUUUUCACUGUAACUACGUAGCAUUAAGUGACAGGCUAAAAGCCUUUUCACAACGUUAACCUUGUAACAUAUAAUGGCAUGCGAAAAACCUAAAAUCCUU